AUGUAUAGCUCAGUGCUUCAGAAGAUCGGAAUGAUACUAUUCGGUUCGCUAUCCACCUGCCUUACAUUAUGUUUUGUCUACAGUAUUAUAACCAUUAUCAUCUGGUUCAUGUACACGGACAGUGUGUUUCGUCCCUUGACUGAUUACGAACUAUACGUCAUCCAAAAUCUUGGCGAUCACGGACUAAGUAGCAACCUGCUAAUGACCCGAAGAGACAUCCUGGACGCUGAGAUAAAAUUUGAUAAAUACGAAUACAAUGCCUGGUUGUCGGAAAGAAUUUCGCUGAAAAGACCUCUCGGGGACUUUAGAGAUACGGAUUGUCUCACCAUAAACUAUACGUUACCCAAAAAUGUAUCAGUUAGUAUAAUCAUAGCCCACAAUCUGGAACAUCCGCAGACUCUACUAAGAACCCUCUACAGUAUUCAAAGAGAAACUUCGUCACGUAUUCUCAGGGAAAUAAUUAUCGUUAACGAUGGUCCCUCCGAUAUAGAACUCCAUAAGUAUAUAUCUGCCAAUUUUCAAAAGGUAAAACAGAUCGAAUAUAAAAAAGAAAAGGGUUUAAUAUAUGCCCGGAUAACUGGCGCCAAAAGAGCAAAGGGAGAUGUCCUCGUAUUCCUCAACGCCCACAUAGAGGUUACUAAGGGUUGGCUUCCCCCUCUACUGGAGCCCCUAAUAAAAAACAAAAAAACUGUCACUGAACCAGUCCUGGACACGAUCUCCACUGAAAAUUUUGGCUACGAACGAUCGGAAUUCCAUGACCAAAUGGGAUUCAACUGGCUGCUAGAGCGGCUUUGGUUCCCACUGGAUAACGCUAGUAUCUCGAAGCUCCCGGAUCCUUAUCCAACUCCAUCGUUAGAGGGAUUUGCUUUUGCAAUAGAUAGAAAGUGGUUCUGGCAUCUGGGAGCAUGGGAUGAAGGUUUCCGGGGAAACGGCGGGGAUGCCCUCGAACUCAGUCUCAAGGCAUGGCAAUGUGGAGGACGAAUCCUAACAGCCACCUGUUCCCGAAUCGGAUUUAUUUACAAGAAAAGUGAGGUGGAAGUCCAGCAGGCUCCAAACAAAAAUGCAAAUAAAGUUACAAGAAAGAACUUCAAGAGAGUAAUUGAAGUCUGGUUUGAUGAAUUCAAAUUUAGUGUAUACCGACUUGCCCCCAGAUUGAGGAAUAUAUCUUCAGGCGGACUGAUUAAGCAGCGAAACUUGCGAAGGCGCCUCAAUUGCAAGUCUUUCGCCUGGUACAGAAGUCAAGUGGCUCUUGCCAGUAACUCUUUCCUUAGGGGAGGUCUCAAAAGACUGGCCUUUGGUAAGAUUUCUCCAUUUGUGGCUCCAAUAUUUUGUCUAUCCGUCAGAGGCAGCCAGCUCAUCUUAAAGAAGUGUAAUACCACUGUUCUGGAAAACUGGACACUGACUUAUCGGUGUCAGUUGAAGCUAGGAGUUAUGUGUCUGGAAGUGGGUCCAAAUAGCAGGAUAAGAGCUUCGAAAUGUAUCAAUAAAUUUUUCGAUCAUCACUGGCAGUACAGCUUCCAGGACAAGGCCUUCAUAACUGACAAUCAAAAGUGUCUUCAUAUUGAUUUCCAAAAAAGGAAACUCGUUUUGAGACCCUGUAACUCUUCGUUGACCGAACAACGUUGGUUGUACACGGGAAUCACUGACGCAAGCCAGGAUAAUGUAUUGAAAAUGUGUUUGGAAUUGAAACAUUAAAAAUUUUAUUUUAAAUAGUCUUUAAUUCCUUAACUCUUAAUAUUUCAUAAUGCCAUUGUUUAUUAAACUAAAAAUUAAACAUUAAAAUUAAGCCUAAAAU